UGGGGUUGUCCAAGUAGUGAACGAACGACCCUGAGCGCGCCAUGGACGAAGCUAUCACAGAGCUCCCAUAGCAAAGCAGAUCCCACACGCGUGGGACUAGCUUGUAUGACGUGACGCGAGUGGCCUCUUGCACAAUUAUCUUCUGCGAGUUUCCCCUCUUUCUCUUUCCUAAUCUACUCUUCUUGUGAGACCCUCUAGCACCCGGCUGCAAUAUACGAUACCCCCGAACUUACAUACCCACCAUAUAAGACACCAUGGCCGAGGAACUCUCCAAGAACUUCGAGACGCUGCAAUUGCACGCCGGUCACACUCCGGACUCAGCGACAAACUCCCGCGCAGUGCCAAUCUACGCGACUACCUCCUUCACAUUCAAUGACUCCGCACACGGCGCGAGGCUCUUUGGCCUCAAAGAGUUCGGCAACAUCUACAGCCGUCUCAUGAACCCUACAAACGAUGUGUUUGAGAAGCGCAUUGCUGCCCUAGAGGGAGGUGUCGGUGCUCUAGCCACUGCUUCUGGCCAGGCUGCUCAGUUCAUCACAAUCGCCGCUCUCGCGCAUGCCGGCGACAACAUCAUAGCCACGUCGAACUUGUACGGAGGCACAUACAACCAGCUCAAGGUCUUCUUCCCGCGCCUAGGCAUCCACACCAAGUUCAUCAACGGAGAUAACCCCGAGGAUUUCAGGGCUGCCAUUGACGACAAGACAAAAGCCAUCUACCUCGAGAGCAUCGGUAACCCCAAGUACAACGUGCCCGAUUUCGAGAAGAUUGUCGCGAUUGCGCACGAGGCUGGUGUUCCGGUCAUUGUUGACAACACCUUUGGCGCGGGAGGCUACUUCAUCAGGCCCAUUGACCAUGGUGCGGAUAUCGUGGUCCAUUCAGCCACCAAGUGGAUCGGAGGUCACGGAACCACCAUUGGCGGCAUCAUCGUCGACAGCGGCAAGUUCGACUGGGGCAAGAACGCAAAGCGUUUCCCUCAAUUCAACGACCCCUCCGAGGGCUACCACGGCCUCAAAUUCUGGGACACCUUUGGCGCCCACACAUUCAUCAUCCGGGCGCGAGUCGAGAUCCUGCGCGACGUGGGUGCGUCCCUGAACCCCUUUGCUGCCCAGCAGCUGCUUCUCGGUAUCGAGACUCUCUCCCUGCGCGCCGAGCGACACGCCCAAAACGCCCUCAAGCUGGCAAAGUGGCUAGAGAGCAACAAGAACGUUAGCUGGGUCUCAUACCCCGGUCUUGAGAGCCAUCAGUCACAUGCACUUGCGAAGAAGUACCUACCCCGGGGCUUUGGCGGAGUGCUCUCUUUUGGCGUCAAGGGAGGCGGUGCUGCUGGAAGCCAAGUCGUCGACAACUUCAAGCUCAUUUCCAACCUGGCCAAUGUUGGUGACUCGAAGACGCUGGCAAUUCACCCCUGGACCACGACACACGAGCAGUUGAGCGACGAGGAGAAGCUCAGCUCAGGUGUCACAGAGGACCUCAUCCGUAUCUCAGUCGGCACCGAGCACAUCGACGACAUUAUCGCAGACUUUGAGCAGUCGUUCAAGAAGUCGGCCACCAAGCCUGAGGAGAAGGGCGAACCCGCCAACGCGGAGAAGGCUGGCGAGGGUGAGGCUGCCGCUUCCUUGUCUGGCUCUACAUAGAGACGAUACUGAGAAAGGGCUGCAGAUGCGCCGAUAGCGGUCCCAAGGUUGUGAUACGUGUAGACAGUAGAGUGAGUUAUAUCCUUGAAUGUGAACGGAAAUAGGAGAUGGCAUGCGUAAUGCACUAGGAGCAAAUGAACUGGAACAACUCGUUUGACAGUUAUUGUACUUGCGCAAACUGACUUCGUACGAGGUCUUGUAUUGUAUUGCGCGUUGAGUAUCUUACACGCAUACCUAGGUGUUCGUCGACGGAAAAGAGCCGAGGGA